AUGGAUGCCGGGCCUUCGAAACGAGCAUACGGCUGGGAGCCUCUGCAAGGACCCGACGAGGCAAAGCGUCCAAGACUUCCUUCGUCGGAUACUCCACCAAAUGCUCCAAUGACUUCUCAUGGGGUCAAUCCUUCACCCCACGGCGGGGUCUCAGAAGCUGACAUGCAAGAGCAGAUGCAGUUGAUACAGCAGCACGAAGAACUUUGUAUGCAGUGGGCCGCUGCUACGGACAGGGUGCGUGAUGAUCCCGUGGAUUCGCCGCCUGGCCAUGCCUCCGGGGGGGAGCAGUUGCCGCCCGUCCAUCUGGGCCAUCCUCCUCUCAUCAACUUGCAAAUGGCCCGCAUUUGCGAGCGAAUGAUGAAGGAACGCCAGAACCGUACACGUGACAAGGUCGACCAUCCGUUCUCUGCGUAG